AAAACCACCGGCAAAUUGCCUGUAGUUUCCUUCUAAUUUUUGGCUUUGUAAUUCAUCAUUAUUCCCCCAUCUUAUAAAUAUAAGCAGCCCCCUUCACUUACCUACCAACAAAAUCACACUGUAUUUCUCUCAUACAAGCUUCUAUUUCUAUUUCAAGAUUCAAGAUUACAGUAUUUGCAAGGAUGAGUUCAAGUAGCAGAGCAUGGAUUGUUGCAGCUAGUAUUGGAGCUGUGGAGGCACUGAAAGACCAAGGUAUCUGCAGAUGGAACUACACGGUAAGGUCAGUUGUGCAGCAUGCCAAGAACCAUGUGAGGUUAGCUUCACAGGCCCAGAACCUCUCUUCUCAAUCCUCAGCUGCAAUUUCAAAGGGACUGAACAAUUCUAAACAAUCAGAAGAGUCUUUGAGGACAGUCAUGUACUUGAGUUGUUGGGGUCCCAACUGAGCCUUAAAUCUGUCAAAAUCGCUUACAAUUUAGAAGAAACAUCCUUUAUUUGGGUGAAUCAUUGACUCGUGAGUGCAAGCUUUGGUCAUUCAGAAGAAGGUUUAACGACGACUGAGCAAUCAAACACAUUGAGGCUUUUGCAGGCAGAAUCAUGUAAUAAGGUCCAACAUGUCAACAACAAGCUCAGAUCAUAUUCUCAGGCCAACAUAUUUCCUCCUCCUGCAAUUGUUCCAAACAUACAUGUAUAUGUAUAAAGUUGUAGUAUGUUAGAUGACAGUCCUUAAGAAUGGCGAGGGAAUAUAAAAAUUGUAGAUAUAUCAUUUGGAAUCUAUAUUGAAUGGCUAUGAAAGCCUUCCUAUUUUCUCUGACAACAGGAAAA